AUAUAAUUGGUUAAAUUUUCUCUUAAAAGUCAAUAAUUUUCCAAUCUUCCAUCCAUGGCUGAUCAUUUAGUUGUACUUAAAUGAUACUCCUUGCUUCUCCUCAUUUCUUCAAACAAUUCAUGAAUCGAGUCCUAAUCACACACACCUGAUCACGUGUCAACAUCUUGCUCUAUAGUUCAAUCCACCUGUUGGAUUUUUCACCUCUUUGUCUUUUUGCAAGCAAACAAUCCUCACUCAUCACUUCCAAUAUCUUGAGAGAAACAAAAACCAAAUGCCCAAGAAUUUUGCUCCCCAAUCCCAUUCAAUUUUCCCUCUUUUAUGAUCUCUAUGAAUGAUUGAAUCUGUUAAAGUUUACUUCUUUCCAAAUACUUUUCCUUGUAAUGGAAAGUUGAGAAAUUGAGACCAAUGAAUACUCAUUUGAAUGAUUUCCUACGUUCUUGUUAGUUUAUAGUGAUCCUUAUAGGGUUUAGAGGUGGGGAUUAAUCCAAAAACAAAAAAAAUAAAUGGUUAUUACAGAGAUUUCAAUGAUUCAUCAUGUGGGUAUUGUGCUGAUUUUGCUUUGGUUGCUUAAUUCCUACAAUUGUUGCCAUCCUGUUCUUUAUUUUGUCUCUUUAAUUUACUUGUACCAGAUUCAUGAAAGGUAUGUUAUGAGAUUAAAGAGAAAGUUGCAAUUUGAAGGAAGAAAAGCAGCUAACCAAAGAAGGAUACUUACAGAUUCUGAGACAGUGAGGUGGCUGAAUUAUGCAAUUGAAAAGAUAUGGCCAAUUUGUAUGGAGCAGAUUGUUUCUCAAAGGAUUUUUCUUCCUAUCAUACCCUGGUUCCUGAAGAAGUACAAACCAUGGACUGUAAAACGAGCUGUAGUUCAGCAUCUUUACUUGGGAAGGUCUCCUCCUUUGUUGACUGAUAUCCGUGUUCUUCAUGACUCUACAGAGGAUGACCAUUUGGUUAUAGAGCUUGGCUUGAACUUCUUGACAGCGGAUGAUAUGAAUGCGAUUCUUGCUGCAAAACUGAGGAAGCGACUUGGAUUUGGAAUUGUGACGAAGAUGCACUUGACUGGCAUGCAUGUUGAAGGGAGGGUGCUUGUUGGCGUGAAGUUUCUACGCUCUUGGCCAUUCAUAGGACGAUUGCGUGUUUGUUUUGCUGAACCUCCAUACUUUCAGAUGACCGUCAAACCAAUUUUCAACCAUGGUGUCGAUGUAACAGAAUUACCAGGAAUCGCUGGUUGGCUGGAUAAACUGCUGGCUGUUGCAUUUGAAGAAACACUUGUGGAGCCCAAUAUGCUAGUUGUAGACAUGGAGAAAUUUGUAUCACCCGAAUCUGAAAAUUGGUUCUCCGUGGAUGUGAAGGAAACUAUUGCUUAUGCUAAUGUGGAAGUUAUUCAAGCAACGGAGUUGAAGGCAUCAGACCUCAAUGGUUUGUCCGAUCCCUAUGUGAAAGGACAUCUGGGUCAGUACAGAUUUAAGUCACAGGUACAGAGAAAGACGUUGAAUCCGAAAUGGCAAGAGGAGUUCCGGAUUCCUAUUUGCUCAUGGGAUGGACAAAAUUUACUAGAAAUCAAAGUCCUAGACAAGGACCGAUUUUCUGUUGAUGAUAUUCUCGGAAAUUGUUCGGUGAACAUAAAUGACUUUAGGGACGGCCAUCGACACGACAUGUGGCUGGCUCUCGAGAAUGUCAAAGUCGGACGAUUGCAUCUUGCUAUAACUGUUGUUGAAGCAAAUGAGAAGGAGAAGGAGAAGACGAACGGAGAAGCAAAAAUGGAGUCAGAGAAACCAGUAUCCCUUCAAAAUGAAGUAGCUGAGCAGGGGCCCGCCUCAACUGUAAACCCGCAAUCGGUUGCUGAUACAUUUGAAGAAAUUGAUGUUGAAGGCCAGAAGGAGACAGGAAUGUGGGUCCAGCAUCCUGGAAGUGAAGUUUCUCAGACGUGGGAACCGAGGAAAGGACGGAACAGAUGCAAUGAUACCGAGAUCCUUUCUGUAGAUACUCCGAGAUCAUCUGUAAUCGACAGUAGUAGUGAUGAAGGUAAGGAAGAUCACAACCAUAAACGAGGUAAUAUAAUUCAAAGGGGCUUAGAUAAGCUAUUCCACGGGCAUCACGAGAAUGACGAUCAUAUGAAGACUUCUGGGAUGGAAGAUCUUUCGCCUCAUGCUAACGUCAAAGCUGCUCACAUUAAAAAGGUCGGGGUAAACCUUGUCGUGGAAGAUGAACUUUCGGGACCGCAUUCAUCUGAACGAAAAAAUGGAGAAGGUUCAAGUAAUGAGGGAAGUGGAGAUAAUUCGGGCAAACAUAAUGUGACGGGAAAGGCUAAAAAGAUGUUAAAGAACGCCAAAAAUUCUGCACGGCGCUUGAAGCAGACAUUUUCUCGGAAAGGAUCUAAAAAGAAUAUGGAUGCUUCAGACGAGAGGGCUCCGUUAGAAACUGAUUCUUCUGAUGAUGAAUCGUUAUCAUCCUCUCUAGGUCAAUCGGUUGAAGGAAAGCCAAUUCAUUCAAGCCCCAUGUCAAAAACGGCUGAUGAUGAUGCAGAAUUAAAGGAACAUGUUUUGACAAACGACCCAAACGAGGCUACCCUUGAUGCGCCGGUCUGGAAGAGUAUCGACAGUAUCAAUGGCUCUGAAGGAGAUAAGGAGUUGUCAACAGAGAAACCUUACAACGAAACCCAGUCGGAUGAGGGCGAGAAGCAAGAUGGUUGACGCAUACUCAUGUGGCCGGAAAGCAGUCAAAUAUUGUUCGUGUAUAUUGUAUUUGAUGUGUGCGUGUGUGUAUAUAUAUAUAUAUAUAUAUAUAUUCAUAAGACUAAGCAGCAAAAACAUUAUAGCAUCAAGUUUGUGUUUCUUAAAACUUAGCAUUCUUCUCUUAAAUAUGUGUUCUUGAUACAUGUCGGAAUUCGACAUUAAGGAAAUUGAUACGCAUUGUGCACAAACAAGACGAUGUUGCUAAUUCGUCGCCGAUUCUCUAGAAGACGACUACUAUAGAAUUUCUUCAGUGCGAGGGGAGUCAUGCCCGGACAAUAUUGUUUUAAGGACGGUUCUCCACACCCCCAUAGGAGGAACGAACCCAACAGAAACCAUACUAUUCAACACCCAAUUCACAUCUUCAAGCAAAUUCUCUUCACAAAGUCCCAACACCAACAACUUGUAAGACAAUAAGCUUGGAAUCAAAGCCUUAGAUCUCAUCAAAUGCACAAAAUUUUUGGCAUCAACAUAUUUCUUAGACUUGAGAAGUCCAUAUAAAACCUCUUGAUAAGACCCUUUAUUAGGAUCACAUCCCAUGAUUCUCAUUCUACUUAAUAACUCCAUUGAUUCCUCAAUUCUCCCUUGUUUUUGCAAGCCUGAAAUCAAAAUAUUAAAUGCUACGGCAUCCGGAGAAAUCCCUUCUUUUUCCAUCCUCUCAAUUAAUCCAAAAGCCUCAUCAACCAUACCCUUUUCACACAUACAAUGCAUUAUGGUAGAAAAAGUCUGCUUAUUUGGUUUGCACUUUUGUUCAGGAAAUUCGUCGAGCACUUGGAAGGCAUCCUCCAAACGCCCACAUUUACACAAACCUUUAAUCAAAAUAUUCAAUGAACAAGCAUCAAUCUGUACUCCAAGUUUAGUAGAACCCAGAAAAACUUCAUGAAUCACAUCUAAUUGGUUGGAAGAUACUAGAAAAUUCAGCACAAAAUUAAAGGUUUUAGUUGAAGGCCAACAAUUAUAACAUGGCAUAUUGAAAAGGGUAUCAAUUACCCUGUUAUUCAAACCACCUAAAUUCCCAUAAAUCUUGAUCAAAUUGUAGAAAAAAUCAUCAGAAAGGCGGACACAUUUCUGGGUUCGUAUGAUUUUCAAAAUAACAUCAAUUGCAUCAAAGUAUUUGGCUUGACCAAGAUUGGAGAUUAUGACAAUAUAAAGAGCUUCAUUGGGUUUAUAAUCUUUCCGUUUAGAAAUAUGAUGCAACAUAGGAAGAACAGAAUUGGGUUCUAAAGUAGAGAAAAUUUGAACAACUUCAUUUGGGGAUAACCAAUCUUUAUGAAACAGCUUAGAUGAUGGGAUUGAUGAAGCAUAUCUAUAUAUAUGUUUAUGGGUAGAACAUUGGUUGAUUUCUGAGCUAAGAUAUAAUGAUAAUGAUCCAAGUAAAGUUUUUGGGAGUUUCAUUUGCUGCUACUCAUUUACCCAACUGGCAGCAAUGGCAAUACAAGAAAGUUUUUAAUGGAGUUUCGCAGUUUUAUGGAGGAUAUGAAAGUAAUGGAGUUUCAAGAAUUGAGAAACAGGAAACUAUGAACAUGAAUGAAGUAACAGAAGUUCUGUCUAUUUAUUACAUUCGAGU